AACUCUUGGUUUUCGAUUCUACAACACUAGAGCUUGAUCUUUAGUUUUUAUUUACGACAAAAUUCAUCUGAAUAAUUAACUCAUUUUCUUUACCAAAUAAUAAUUAUAUUAACUUAAAAAUUCAGAUAUCUAAUCUAAUCCUAAUCCUCCCAUUUACACCUUAAAAUUUCACAGGCUUUGAAAUUUGCACCAUAAACCCUUUCACACUAUAAACACAUUUUCAUCCCUAACUUCACAAUCAAACCCUAAAACAAAAACGAUGUCGUUUCUCCGAAAACACUUCAACAUUUCCUUUAAUUCCCUUUCUACCCUCCGCGGUUUCACAACCCUAACAUCAAAACCCUUCCCUGACAAUCCCACCGCUACCUACUACGACAACGUCGCCGCCGACGUAGCAAACUCCGGCGAUUUCGACUCUCUUCGAGAUCUCCUCAACAAGCGCAUCCAAGACGGUUUCUUCAACACAAAACGAACCUUCAGUUUCAUCACCAACACCAAUUUCUCACCUUCUUUCCUCAACGACGUCGUAACAACACUCUCUCAUCUCAACCCUGGGUUCACGCGCCGAAACGCCUUCGAUUCCCUCGUCACGCGCCUCUGCAAGCUUCGACGCGUGGACGACGCGCUUCACGUUAUUGAAUCCAUGUCGCGCGUGGGAGACUGUAACCUAAGCCCCUGCACGUUCCACCCAAUCCUCAACCUACUAACAAGAGAAAAAUCACUCGACCACGCGCAGCGCGUGGUCGAGUCCAUGACUCGGCUCGGCGUGCCGCUCGACUUGGCGGGUCACAAUUUUUUUCUCACGGCGCAUUGUUUCAUCGGCGAUGUCAAUGCGGCGGUCGGUGUUUUGGAAAAGAUGGAGGAGAAAGGGUUUUGUCCGGACGCGCGUACUUACGACGCGCUUGUGUUGGGCGCGUGUAGGAAAGGGAAGGUGGAUUGUGCUAUGGUGGUGGUGAGGAGGAUGGUGGACGAUGGAGUGCCGAUGUUGUAUUCGACACAUAUGCAUGUGAUUGAAGGUUUGUUGAAGAUGAAUUGUUUUGAAGAAGCUAUGAAGUAUGUGAGGUGUUUUAGUGGGAAAGAUAAGGCUUUGGAUUGUGAGCUUUUUGGGUGUUUGGGUAGUAAACUUGUAGGGUUCAAUAGAGUGAAAGAGGCUAUGUUUGUUUUGGGUGAAAUGGAAAAAAGGGGUUUGUUAAUGGGUUAUAAAUUGAAGAAUUUUUAUGAAAUGAAUUUAAGAGAAGAAAAUGAUGGUAAAUUAUUGAAAGAGUUAUGAUUGAUUGAAAGUGUACUAGUAGGAUGAAGGAAUGAAGUUUAGAAAAAUAAAAUCUCCAUAGUGGAUUUUAUGGUGCAGUCGACUUUAUGAUGCAGUCGUCGAGUGUUGGACUCUAACGGGGUUGAGGCGAAAAUGAAGUUGGAAUUGUUAUAAUUUUUUAUGGAGUUAGUUUCAUGAACCCUUACCCUUUUUCAUUGAUUAUUUUUGGGUUAUUAGGAUUUGAUAUUAGUGUUAUGUGCAAUGGAGAGAUUGAGACUUGUUGUUUGUAAAGCAUAAAAAAAUUGGUUAUUCUAUAUACGAAAUCUUAAUGUUAAAUUAAGGUUUUUGAUAUCUCUACUAUUGUAAAGCAAAUAUGUGUUUAAGGUGGCAUCAAUUAUUUUUAACAGUGAUUCUAUGCAAUAUCAAGAAUGAUGAGAUAAUCUCAGUUUAAAAUUCUGAUAA